UGCAUCAGAUUUUAUUGCAGCAAUUUUGUAUUAGUAAUGAUAAAUUAGAUUUUUGUUACAAUAUUAAUAUAUUUUUCAAAGCUAUUAACGUUGGUACGAUACGCCCAUUUGCAAUGUGUGUGCUUUCUGGGGUUUAUUCUCUCAAUUAUAUCAAGUAUUGCUGUCAUACUGACACAAUUGUAUCAAAAAUACAAGUUUGGUGUUUACAAAAACAAUUCAAAUGCAACUCGUGCCGCAAAAUUUUCUUGUUUUGAAUGUAAACUAUGAAAAUUCCAGAUCCCGAAUGCCGUCCCUGAAGCGGCUGCAGUACGACCAAGAUGGCGCAGGCAAUAUUUGAAGUGCUUGAAGGCAUGGACAACCAGACGGUGUUGGCGGUCCAGUCUCUGCUGGACGGCCAAGGUGGAGUUCCAGACCCAAACAGCCAGAACGUCUCUGGGACGCCCACCAUCCAGUCUAUGGACGAUGAAGACGUGUUCUUGUGUGGAAAGUGUAAGAAGCAGUUCAACUCACUGUCAGCCUUCAUGACGCACAAGAGAGAGCAGUGCCAGUCCGGAGCCGCCUCCCUGGGCGCCCCCUCCCUCUCCACGGUGUCCUUGGCCUCCACCAACGCCUACACCCCCGUCCCCUCCAUCAGCUCGGUGCCGCAGGCUGCUGCCAACAGACAGGUGUCCACCUACAUCACCGUCCCUCCCUCCCCCCUCACACACACUCUGGUCCAAGGCAACGUGCUGGUCAGCGACGACGUCCUCAUGUCGGCCAUCUCGGCCUUCACCUCCAUCGACCAGCCCAUGGCUGCCAUGCAGACGCCUGUGCAGAGUAACCUGAGCAUGCACACAGCUGGCGUGUCCUACCUCCAGCACCACCCUCACCCUCACCCCCACCACCCUCACCACCACCACCACCACCAGCACCACCAGCAGCAGCAGCAGCAGCAGGCGCAGCCGGCAGCCCACCCGCUGCCCUCCAGCCAGGCGCCGCCGGCCCAGCAGCCGCUCUCCUCCCAGGUCCCGGCGAGCCACAGCAGCUCUGUGGUGCAGGUCUACAGCACGCUGCCCCACAUGGCGGGCGGCAGCGGGGGGGGCGGGGGAGGCGGUGGAGGCGGGGCGGAGAUCCACACUCUGGGUCUGCAGCCUUUCCAUCCUGUGCAAGUGCCCAGUCAGUGUGUGGAGAGCCAGUCGUUCACCACCCCGCCCGUCUACAGCCCCGGGAAGCAGGGCACCAAGACCAAGACGUGCAGCAUCACCGCCACCCUGACGGAGCUGGGAGACUUCGAGAAGGUCAUCAUCCCCAAACGGCCGCGGAGCAGCAAGAAGAGCGCAGACGGAGCCGCCGCAGAGCAGCUGAAAGGAAAAGGGCCCAAGCUGAAGUGCAACUUCUGUGACAAGAUCUUCUCCAAGAACUUCGACCUCCAGCAGCACAUCAGGAGCCACACCGGAGAGAAGCCCUUUCAGUGCAUCGUCUGCGGCCGAGCCUUCGCUCAGAAGUCCAACGUGAAGAAACACAUGCAGACACACAAGGUGUGGCCGAUGGGCGUGGCCAGCACCGUGUCCAGGCUGCCAAUCACAGUGAAGGUGGUGCCCGUGUCAGCCAAUGGGGACGAAGGGGGCGGGGCUCAGCAGCAUCACGGCGAUGGGGAGGAGGAGGGACCGCAGCGAGGAGAAGAGGAGGCAGUGCCGACAGAGGCGCCCGGCGAGCUGGAGGAGAGCGGGACCGACGCCCAGCCGGCCGAGCCGGAGGCCGGCCGGGGAGACGAGGCGCAGGACGGACCGCCGCAGACCGCUCAGAGCAAACACAUGGUGGUGAUCGACAGCUCCUACCAGUGCCAGUUCUGCGCCGGCAAGUUCAAGACCUACUUCCAGCUCAAGUCCCACCUGACGCAGCACAAAGGAGAGCAGGUUUAUAAGUGUGUGCUGAAGUCUUGCUCACAGACCUUCCAGAAGCUGGACCAGUUCCUGGAGCACAUCCGGACGCACCAGGAGCAGCUGACCUACCGCUGCCACCUCUGCAGCAAGGUGUUCCCGUCGCUGUUCGAGCUGGGGGUCCACCAGUACUCCCACUGCUUCUGCCCCCAGCAGAGCAGCCGCAAGGAGGCCACCGUGUACAGAUGUGUGAAGUGUCAGAGCAGAUAUUCCACUCAGGAGGCUCUGGAGCAACAUCUGCUCACGGCGUCGCACAGCUUCCCCUGUCCCCACUGUCAAAAGGUCUUCCCAUGCGAGCGAUACUUCAGGCGCCACCUCCCCACUCACGGAGUCGGAGGAAGGUUCAAGUGUCAGAUCUGCAAGAAGGCCUUCAAGACGGAGCACUACCUCAAGCUGCACACGCGGAUUCACUCAGGUGAGAAGCCGUACAAAUGUUCCCUCUGUGAGGCGACGUUCAACAGGAAGGACAAGGUGAAGCGACACAUGCUCAUCCACGAACCCUUCAAGAAGUACAAGUGUCCGUUCAGGACGCAUGUCGGCUGCACCAAAGAGUUCAACAGACCCGACAAGCUCAAGGCCCACAUCCUCUCUCAUUCUGGCAUCAAACCCUACAAGUGUCUGUUCUGUCAGAAGGCGUUCAGCCGCCGGGCGCACAUGAUGGAGCACCAGCAGUCCCACACCGACAACUACCGCUUCAGGUGCUCCGCCUGCAACAAGGGCUUCACCCGGCAGAGCUACUACCGAGACCACAAGUGUCCCGCAGUGGCCAAUGGGACAGGAGGAGGCACCGAGGGGGAGGAGGAGGAGGAGGAGGAGGAGGAGGAAGAAGAAGAAGAAGAGGAGGAGGAAGAGGAGGAGGAUGGAGAGCACAAGGGGAGAAGGCAGAGGCUCAACAGGAAGGCAAAGAGGCCGCGGACUACAGGGGAGGAUGAGGGGUCGACUGGCAACCUCCAGCAGGAGGAGGAGGAGGAGGAGGAGAGGAGCGAUGAAGGCUGCCAGGCCGCCAUGUCCAUCGCCAUCGAGGGGCAGACGGACAGAGAGGAUGACGACAUCCGGAGCGAUGAGCCGGUUCAGAGCGGCGAGCAGAGCCGCCUGCCGCAGCCGUGUUUGUAGUUUUAUUUAUGGCGGCGGAGUCUAAUUUGUUUUAAAUUAAAACGUUAAAUCGCUGCCGCCGCAGCAUCUGUGUCGCCGUGUUUCAGUUCAACAGACUCUAAAGCAAAGCCAACAUCUCCUGACGUUUAAUGUAGCAGCAGCUAAAAUACCGCCAGUGUUCUCAAGCCUCACUGUGUAUGUCACUUUAACGUUGCAAAUAUUUUCAGUAAAAAUGU